GACAGCCAAAUUGAGUAGGAUUUUUUAAAAUCGGUUUUAAAAUACUCAACUAAACGUCAAAACGUCUGUCAAAAGUUGAUACCGUCAAAACAUUUGCAGAUUUAAUCAUUAUUUUAAUGACAUCGUAUUUAAAAGUACAAAGAAGUGAAUGUGGUCGUAUCUCAAAAUUAUAGUGAACUUAUAAAAGUGGAAUGGACAAAUCUUCAAAGCCAAAAAGAUCAAAAAACCCUGAAGAAAAUAAACUAGAUUUAGAGUUUCGUCAAAUCCUUUGCGUAAUCAAACAAUUCAUACCUUACGUAAAUUCAAACUCCCAUUUGUCUGCAUAUCGUAGUUGGUUAGAAAAACUUAGUUCUGCACAAACUGAGAAAGCCAAUAGGAAUAGGUACCUGAUAGAAUUAGCUAAACAAAUUAAAGAUAAUGUCCUAGUUUAUCCUUUCCACGAAAAUCCAUCUGGUGUGGAUCUGGAACAAUUUACAGAAGCAGAAAGUGAUGGAGAACUGACUGAAGAAGGUAAUUCAAUAUUAUGCGAUGUACUUUGUAACGCCAACAAUAUAUCUGCAGAUUCUUCUCUUAUAAUGCCAAAAGAAUACAGCCAAAAUGUACAAGAAAGACAAGGCAAUGUAGAAAAUAUUGGCACAAAUGAUUUGAGAUGUCCAAAAAUGCCCGAAGAAAGUUCUUGGUUGGAUCUAACCGAUGGCGAUGAGAGCCAAACUUCAAUUCAAGUGGCUCAACUUAAUGGAUCGGGUGACACUAAAAAAGAAACAAAAAGCAUUCAAUUCAAAGAUGACACAACGACCAAAGAAGUAGUAGAUGGUAAGGUUCCUUUAAAGAACACAAAUUUUGUACCUGCUGAUUGGAAAGACACUAUAGAAGCUUUACAAAUGAGGUUAACAGAAACUUUGAACCAAAACGAAGACUUGAAACGUAUGCUUGAAUCGCAAAAUACUGCUUUAUCGUACGAGGUCAAAGCUAGAGAAGAAGUCGAAGGUAAGUUGAAGAAAUCGUCGGAAUUGUUUAAAAAGCAAAGUGAAAUAAUACAUGUAAGAAACGAAGAGGCGUUUAAAAAAUUUGAAACAUCCUUUCAAAUGGAAUUGAAUGAUGUCCACCAUAGCUACCAAAUACGCAUGGAAGAGAUGAAGGCCAACUAUGAAGCACGAAUAGCUGAAAUAAAAUUAGAAUUCGAGAAUGACAAGAAAGCAAAAGACCAAGAAAUAUGCCGAUUAUCAGAGAUAAUACAUCAACAAUGCACAAGAAUGUCCAACGAGAUCACCGCUCUCAAAACACAAGUGGAAAGUACAUUUAAUCAUAAACCAGAAGACAAAAUCAUCUUGCUACAGAAAUGUAUAUCAAAGAUGAACAAGUUUUACCAAAAAUCCGAGAAAGAGUACUUAAAACAAAUAGAAAAGCUCAAACAAGACAUCGAGUUUAAAGAUAAGCUUCAGUUGAUCCAGAUGAAGACACAACACGCAGAGUUGACGGUGCAAUCUAGCGUCGAAAGGCAGAAACAUAUCGACGAUAUCAUCAACAAUUUAGAGGUUAAGUACAUAAAAAUGUUGGAAAUGCACGAAAAGCAAGUUAUGGAGAGUAAGAAGAUUGACGAUGAACGAUUGCAGUAUUUAAAAGAUUUGUUAGAAAAACAUAAUAUAUCCUUUAAAGUGUUUUAACGAAACAAAUAAAAUGUACAAUAAUAAAAA